AUGGUGAGUGACGGUCCUCAAGCUGAGGGGAGGAGCCCCUCUGAGGGCCCUUCGAAAGGCCCCUCGAAGGGCCCCACUGGGGGCCCUUUUGGGGGGGCCCCUACUCAGUUGAAGCGGCGGAUGGCCUUAGCUCAGUACUUGCUGUAUCAAGUGAGACGCAGCAGAGAGGCACACUACCCUGGAACAAGCAAAAAACUGGACCCCCACGCGGGGCUUCCAGGGGGGUCUCCUGAAGAAGGCACAGGAGGCAGUGCAGCAGAUAUUGCAGCUGCUGGGGCUGAGGGCCUCGCCGACGCCCUCGACCCAUCUGUACCAGUGUCUGUACUGCUGCAGUCUGUCUCCGCUGAUGAUGAUGCAGCUGAUGACGCUGCAUCAAGCUCAGCAACAGAAAAAGCACCAAUGGAAGCAAGAGGAAGGGCAGGACGAGCAGCUGCUGCAGUGGAGCCUUCUUGGGGGGCUUUGGCUCGGGAGACUGUUGCUGCUGCAGGCAGACCUCCUCACGAGGCCCUGGAGCUAUACUUGUGUGAGCGGCUGUUGCCGGUUCUGGAUAGCGCCUUGGCUGCCCUAUGCAGGUUCGUUGAGCAGUUGCAGGCGGACGAGCGUCAGUACGAGCAGAGCCUGCAGCAGCAGCAACAACACCAGCAACAGCAGCAGCAGCAGGAGGGAGCAGGAGGAGGUCAUGGUCCAUGUCUAUUUCUGGGUCAUGGCCUGAAAAGCCGCUUCGACCCCCUGGUCUGGCUGGGGCAGUACUUGCUACGCCAGGGGAAAGCAGCAGAGGCCUACGAGAAGGCCUCGUGUGCCUCCAGCGCAACAGCAGAAACAAAAACACCAGCAUCAUCAACAGGAGCAGCAGCCACAGAUCCAUGGGUUCGAGGAGAGCACUUACGGCACUCAGAACUCCCCUACUAUUGGGCAAUUGCUGAGGCUGUUCGAGAGGAGAGAGCCUGGAGAGCCCUCGAAGCCCUGAGGCCGCAGACAGAGCAAUUCGUAUACACUCACAUUCAGCGGCUGCAGCAGGAGCAGCAGAACGAAGAGGAGGAAGAAACCCAUCACAGUACAGAAAACGUGCACCAGCAACAAGACGAGCAGCAGCAGCAGCAGCAGCCAUCCGAGCGAUGCCAGCUGACGGCCGAGGAUCUGCCUGCAGUGUUGCAGGCAUUAGACGCAGCGUGGGGCCUGGAGGAGCACGAAGGGCUAUUUGCUGCUGUCUUUUUCGCAGAAGACGACGGCGGGACGGAGGACUUCAGCCUCCCCAGCAGCUCCCGAAGCAGCAGGCCUUCAGCCAGAGAACUCCAUCUGCAGCACUCCAACAGGAGCAGCAGCAGCAGCAACAUCGUGGGGGCCUGUAGCAACGUGCCUCUGGAGGUUGCUGACAGCAGCAACAUUACUUUUGCAGAAUUGUGGGACUUUGUCGCCGCCUGUUUGCAGCGCUGCCCCUCCCUCAAGCAAGCCAUCUUCGAACACGCCCUCAGCAGCGUCAGCAGCACCACCACAGAGCAACAGCAGCAGAAACAGCAACAGAAACAAGAGAAACGGGCAGAACAGCAACACACGCAGAAGCAAGUGCAAGAGGGGAAGCGGCGACAAGAGGAAAGAGAACAGCAACAGCAGCAACAGGAGCAGGAAGCAGACGAAGGAGGACAGCACCUGCCAGCAGACAUUGAAAUCAGGAGAGGGGGCAGCGAAGGGGACAACAAGGACUCAGACGAGGAGCAGCAGCGGCAAGAGCAGCCCUAG